CGGCAAUGGCGCUAAACUUGUAAUUUGUGGAAAAGUAAGCAAAUAAUCUUGAAUUGCCUGCUUUUCCGUGGAUGCCCGGCUCGGAAAAGCGCUUCCGGUAGCACAGUGGAGCCCUGUCGGCGCAUCCACGCCCUCAGUAGCGGGCCCAAUGAUGAAGGCGCACGAGUCACCUUGAGGCGCGAUGCGAGUGCCCUUGAAGGUCAUAUGGCAGCACCGGCAGCCGGCUGCAAGGACUGGCGAACACUUUCGGGUCACCUAAUUUCGCCCGCAGUCGCGUCCGCCGUAUCAGAGUGAAGUGACCCCGCUUCGUAAUGGCUUACUCGUCCAAGAAAGUGCCAACUACCGUCUUCGACGGUCAGAAACCCGGCACCAGCGGCCUUCGAAAGGCGGUCAAAGUCUUCCAACAGCCUAAUUACACUGAAAAUUUUGUCCAGAGCACUUUGAAUGUGCUCGGAGACAAAUUAGCCGGCUGUACUCUUGUUGUCGGUGGUGACGGUCGUUUCUUUGGCAAAGAUGCUGUCAAGAUCAUCAUCAACAUGUGUGCUGCGAAUGGGGUCGGUAAACUCUUGGUCGGCCAAAAUGGGAUCCUUUCAACCCCUGCUGCCUCUUGUUUGAUCCGCAAACACCAGACAGCAGGGGGUAUAAUCCUGACUGCAAGUCACAACCCUGGAGGCCCUGACGCAGACUUUGGCAUUAAAUUUAACACUUCCAAUGGAGGCCCUGCUCCUGAUGCUGUCACCAAUCAGAUUUACUCUCUAACCACAAAAAUAACCGAGUUCCUCAUCACUGAUACACCUGUGGCUGUUGACUUGUCCAAGAUUGGGACCAACACAUUCACCAUCGACAGCAGCAAGCAAUUCACAGUCGAAGUCAUUGACUCUGUAGCCGACUACCUUCAGCUGAUGAAAGAGAUCUUUGACUUUGCUUCAAUAAAAAGUUUGCUCAGUGGCUCCUCAGGAAAACCUUUUAAACUGCUGCUGAAUUCAAUGCAUGGAGUAACUGGCCCCUAUGUUCGACGCAUCUUUGUUGACGAGUUAGGUGCUGGCGACGACUGUUGCGUCAACACCACCCCGCUGGAAGAUUUUGGGGGUCAUCACCCUGACCCCAACUUGACCUAUGCUGCAGAUUUGGUAAAGGCAAUGGCCGAAGGAAACCAUCACUUAGGUGCUGCAUUUGAUGGAGACGGAGAUCGAAACAUGAUCUUGGGAGAAAAGGCGUUCUUUGUCACUCCAUCUGACUCUUUGGCAGUCCUGGCAGCAAACCUUGAAUGCAUUCCAUACUUCAAGAAGACAGGAGUCCGAGGCUAUGCUAGAAGUAUGCCCACAGCUGCAGCAGUUGACAGGGUUGCAAAGGAAACUGGAAAAGAAUUCUUCGAAGUUCCAACUGGCUGGAAGUAUUUUGGUAAUUUAAUGGAUGCUGGCAGGUUGUCCCUCUGUGGAGAAGAAAGCUUUGGUACCGGUUCUGAUCACAUCCGAGAAAAAGACGGUAUUUGGGCUGUGCUUGCUUGGCUCUCAGUUUUGGCGCACACUAGUCUUGGUGUCGAACAACUCUUAAAUCAACACUGGGCCAAGUUCGGCAGAAAUUUCUUUACCAGAUAUGACUACGAAGGUUGUGAGUCGGACCCCUGCAAUAAAAUGAUGUCCGAGUUGGAGGCAAAAGUGAAAGAAGCCUCAUUUAUUGGAACUCAACUCACAGCCCCUUCCUCCGGCAAAAUCUACACUGUGGCCACAGGGGACAACUUCGAGUAUACCGACCCCAUUGACAAAAGCGUUGCAAAGGGCCAGGGAAUCCGAGUGCUGUUCUCAGAUGGCUCAAGGGUGAUCUAUCGCCUGAGUGGAACCGGCAGUGCUGGUGCCACCGUUCGUCUUUACAUCGACAGUUACGAGUCGGACAGCUCAAAACACUCAUUGGCUGCUGAGGUAAUGCUGGGUCCUCUAGUUGAAAUUGCGUUGCAGCUUUCUCGUCUUGAGCACUUCACGGGCCGCUCAAAACCAACCGUCAUCACGUAAUCAGUGUUGUGAGUACUUGAUUGAUUUGUGCCAUGCUUUCUUGUCAAAAUUUAGAGGUAAGAAAUAGUUGUAAUGGUUUGUAAGGUUACAAUCACUCUUCUUAAAAGUAUAAUAACUAACUCUUCACCGUGUCGAUAAAUUUAUCUCACUGUUACCUUCAUGUAAUCCAAGCAAUCCUUCUCAAAUUCUACCUCCUCUCAUUUAAGUUUUCCUCUCCACGAUCAAUAUUUUUUACAGUAGUAUAAUAUGCACUUGUAGCAUUGUGAGAAAAAAAUGAUUAACUUAACUACAAAAUAGAAAAUUUCUUAGAAUAUGGUGGUUGGUUAAGAUGAUAAUAAGAAAGUCUUAAAUAUUAGAAAUAAGCAAAAUAAGUUAUUUCAUUUUCACUUGUUGUUUCAAAUACUUUUGAUGUAUCGUAUCCAUGCCACAAGUUCUAUAAAUUUGUCUAAUGUUCGUGAGCGCCAAUGAACUGAAAUUCAUUUUUGUAUUGGAAUAGAUAUUUUUGGAUUGUAAGGGACAAGCACAAAGAAUUUAUUCAUUAACUAUUGCUUAAAUAUUAUCUCCGCAAUCAAUUAUUUUAGGUUUUUUUUGCAAUCAAAUGCUUAAUUGUAAAUAUUGCGAAUUUCGCCAAUGUCUGCAGAUUUUCAGCUAACAAUUAAAUAUCUCUUUAGUAAUUUGAUAAGGGAAGGCAGCAGACAUUGCCUAGCAAACUGCUGGAUAAACUUGAUUUUAAACUUUUAAGCUUUUUGUUUUUAAAACACAAAUCACUACACGACUUGAAUUGGCCAUGCGCAUAUGCAAAACAAAAAUUCACAUUGACAUCUUUUUAAAACCAUUAUUUUAUGAAUUGUUGAAAAAAAAAAAUGGAAAAAUAAUGAGGUGACGGAUUAAAAAAGUAGCCACUUUUAAAAGUAUUUUAAAGCACCUCGCCAUAAAAAAAAACACAUAACAAUCAUAAUACCAAACAGGAUAGGGAAGGGAGGAAUGAAAACUGCCAAGCAAAGCUGUGAAAAGGAUAUUUUUGUGCAACUAGAUUUUAAUGAUGAUCAUUUGAUAUGCAAUGAUUUAAAACAAAAAUUUCAGCAAGGUCAGCAAAUUGCUGCCCUGCAUGAUUGAAUAGACUUGAAAAAAAUAAAAUAUAAAAUUGAGUCUUUAAUCUAUUUGUUUUUGCAAAACAUGGGUGUAUUCAAAUUUCAAAUUAAUUUACAAAUUCAGCUCUCUUUUAAGAACAAGCAAAAUAAAUGUAAUUGUAACUAUGCGACCAGCAAAGAAGUGUUUACAUAAGAAUUUUUGUAAAAGAGAGUUUGACCAGUUUCGCAGAAAUUCUGCCAAUACAAAAUUAACGUCUUUUUUCAACAUUGGCUCAUCUUUGAGACGUCAUCAAGCCCAGAGAGACUUUUGCAUAUAAUCAGUAGCAACGUAUUUAAAAUACUUUUAAACCAAAACUCUUGUAGUAGGAGAGUGACAUCCCUGGCGCCGACAGCCAUGAGCGGCGCCGGGUCAGUGACCAGCCAUGACUGCCUGUUGUUGUAUGAUAGACUGGACUUUCUCUACUCGGUAUCUGCUUGAUCCGUAGUUUGUAGAAGAGCCCCUCAGUGACGCGACCCGCGAGGCCGACGGAGGUGGCCCUUGCUUUGGUUCCAGUUACUCUCUCUUGAUUGUGCACCAUUUUCAAUCCACUCGCUGUGACGCACCAAAUUGCACUCACCGUAGCUAGAUUUCAAGCUCUCGGGCUGCCUGGUCAAGAUGCACGUUGUCUAAUUUCUUGUACAUUCAGGAUAUGUACUGAGUGAGGCAGUCUGCAGUGCGCUUAUUGUAAAUAAAAUACUUUUUCCUCUCCAUCUAACUUUUCUAUGCUUGCUGUCUUUAGAGCAAUCUCUGAAAUUGUAAAAAAUAAUGUUGUAAUCUAUGUGCUUGCCCCUUAUUGAUAAUUUGAAGUUAUGGAAGAUGUUGGGAAAAAUGAAUUUCAGUUCAUGGAAAUAAUUUUUGCGUAGUAAAACAAAAUGAACAAGGGCUAAUAUAAUCGCGUCCAUUAAAUGUAUACUUUUGAUUUUUAGUUGAUGGCGUUAUGUUUGGAAAAUGUGUGUGGCAAUCAAAUACAAGCCUAAAUACACAUUGUUUUUCUUCUAUUAAAUGAGGUUUUGAUAAGUGUGAUUGUAGGCGUGGCAAAUAAAUUAAACUAGUUGUGAAAUAAUUUACGA